UAUUCCAUCUCGUGUGUGUGCGACGGUUUUCUCUAUCAGCCAUUUCGGCAUCUUGACGGCGUGUGGCAUUAGCAACCCGUGAUCGCCCUCGGCACCGCGAUUCGAGAUGGCUCGGACACAGACGGCAACUCUCCCAAUCAUCCCACUCCCGCGAGACAGCGUGCUUCUGCCGGGCGUUGUCCAGCGCAUACCGGUUUCGUCGACUCGCCCGGACAUCGCUUCACUGCUUGCGGCUGUCUACACCCGCGCUGCCUCCAAGACACCCAACGGGCGCAUCGACACCGUUCCUAUCGCCUGCGUCCCGCUCGCCUCCCCAUUCCUGGGCCCCAACGGCCAGCUCCUGAUCCAAGAUGGCGAGAAAGCGGUGAGCCCGGACCGCGGGGAUGUCGAUCCGGCCAAGGCAUCCAAGGCCGACCUCUUCGUGUGGGGUGUCGCUGCAAAGAUCACGGGCGUGGAGGGGCGCGGCACGGGAGAGUUUACAUUACUCGUCGAGGGUGUCAUGCGCGUCCAGCUAGAAAAGGUGUACCGUGAAAAGCCGUACCUAGAGGGCAAAGUGGUCUAUUAUCAGGAGGAGGACGGCCGCACGGACUCGGAACUAGAGGAGCUCUUUCAGCAUCUGAAGCUUCUCUCCAGGGAGCUUGUUGCGAUACUCAGGCUGUCGUCCAUCCUCCCUCGCCCUAAUGGGGCUCCGGCACUGUCGCCCUUGCUGGCCCGCCGCCUCGACCUCUUCAUCACGAAACAGAAGCAACCCGGCGCGCUCGCCGACUUUAUGGCCAACAUCGUGGACAGCUCGUACGAGGAGAAGCUCCAGGUGCUGGCGCUAGUGGACGUCAAGGAGAGAGUCAAGAAAGUCAUUGAGCUGCUCGACCGCCAAGUCGGCUCCAUCAAGAACAACAUCAAGAUCACGGCCGUCACCACAACAACAUUGCCGUUCAUCGACCCCGAUGCAGCAAAGAGCGAGAUCGAUAGGAUACGUAGAUCCAACCGAGCAGGGACACCCGUCAAGGUCGGCACGCCGGGAGCGGGCAUGCCGUUUCCCGCGCCGCCCGGAUUUACCGGCCGGCGCGGUGCAAGCCCGGAGGAGGACGACCAGGAACCCAACGAGCUUGACGAGCUGCAAAAGAAGCUCGACGCUGCAGGGCUGUCCCCGGAGGCUGCCAAGGUUGCCGACAGGGAGAUCAAGCGGCUGAGAAAGAUCCAUCCCGCUCAAGCUGAGUAUGCCGUCACGCGGACAUACCUCGAGACGCUAGCGGAGAUCCCUUGGACGACAACCACAGACGACCGGCUGGGCCCGCAGACGCUCACCAGAGCGCGCAGGCAGCUGGACGACGACCACUACGGCCUCGAGAAGGUCAAGAAACGGCUUCUGGAAUAUCUCGCCGUCCUCAGGCUGAAGCAGUCCAUCAACGACGACGUCGAUGCCCAGAUCAAGAAGGUCGAGGAGGAGCUUGGUGCGGUGGAGGCAGCGCACAAAGAACAAAAGGAACACAAGGACGGCAAUGCCGAUGCUUCCUUGUCCGAUCCCAGCUUGGAGGAGAAGAUCAAAGCCAGCACCGCAAAGCUAGAGGUCCUGAGGAGUAAGCGUAUGGUGGACAAGUCGCCAAUCCUGCUACUCGUCGGGCCACCCGGGGUCGGCAAGACCAGUCUGGCACGAUCCGUCGCCAUUGCGCUGGGAAGGAAGUUCCACCGCAUUUCCCUGGGCGGCGUCAGGGAUGAGGCCGAGAUCCGCGGGCACCGGCGCACCUACGUCGCCGCCAUGCCCGGCCUCAUCGUCCAAGGGCUGAAGAAAGUGGGCGUUGCGAACCCGGUGUUUCUGCUGGACGAGAUCGACAAAGUGGGCGGCUCCAGCGCGCACGGCGACCCAUCCGCCGCGAUGCUGGAGGUGCUAGACCCGGAGCAGAACCACACCUUCACCGACCACUACGUCAACAUCCCCAUCGACCUCAGCAAGGUCUUGUUCAUUGCUACGGCCAACACUCUCGACACGAUCCCGCCGCCGCUCCUCGACCGUAUGGAGACCAUCUACAUCCCCGGCUACACCACCCUGGAGAAGCGGCACAUCGCCAUGCAACACCUGGUGCCGAAGCAGAUCCGCGUGAACGGACUCAGCGAGGACCAAGUAGUCUUCACCGAGGAGGUCGUGUCCAAAAUCAUCGAGUCGUACACCCGGGAAGCGGGUGUGCGCAAUCUCGAACGCGAGAUUUCCUCUGUCUUGCGUGGCAAGGCAGUCGAGUAUGCCGACGCCAAGGACGCAGGCCACCCAGAGAAAUACAACCCGCGCCUCGGCGUCGACGACCUGGAGCGAUUCCUGGGCAUAGAGAAGUUUGAGGAGGAGAUCGCCGAAAAGACGAGUCGGCCGGGCAUCGUGACGGGCCUGGUCGCCUACAGCUCGGGUGGCAACGGCAGCAUUCUCUUCAUCGAGGUGGCCGACAUGCCGGGCCCCGGCACGGUGCAGCUGACGGGCAAGCUGGGAGAUGUCCUGAAGGAGAGCGUCGAGGUGGCACUGAGCUGGGUGAAGGCGCAUGCCUACGAGCUCGGCCUGGCGCGGAGCCCGACUGAGAAUAUCAUGAAGGACCGGAGCAUCCACGUGCAUUGCCCGUCCGGGUCGAUACCCAAGGACGGGCCCAGCAGCGGCAUUGCCCAGGCCAUCGCACUCAUCUCCCUGUUCUCUGGCAAGGCGGUGCCGCCUACCAUGGCGAUGACUGGCGAAAUCUCCCUUCGCGGACGCAUCACGGCCGUCGGAGGAAUCAAGGAGAAGCUGAUCGGAGCCCUCCGGGCGGGUGUCAAGACGGUGCUACUUCCGGCGCAGAACCGCAAGGAUGUCAAGGACCUGCCCCAGGAGGUAAAGGACGGGAUAGAGAUUGUCCACGUCAGGUAUGUCUCGACCCAAUUAAGAAAAUCUGUUCCGGGAGGGGUGAAGAGCCCGAAACGGGGAAGAAAAACGAGAGCCAUUGUCUUGCUAACUCCUCGUCCACAGCCACAUCUGGGAAGCCAUCCGUCAUGUGUGGCCUGACGGCCAGUGGCCCGGCGAGCGGGAAACCCGCACCGUUCAGAGCCGGCUCUGAAUGAAUGAAAAUACAAGCGAGGACAAAUCCGCCUUCUUUCCCCCUUUUCUUCGGUGGGGUGAUGGGGAGACGCAAAGACUUGUUGUGUUGCCGUGGCAAGCGAA